UUAUGAGCAUAUACGCAUAUACGCAUGAGCGUGUGAGCGUGUAAUCGCAUAAGCGUGCUUGUGUGUCUGCCUCUCUGUGUGCGUGUGUGUGUGUGUGUGUGUGUGUGCGUGUGCGCGUGUGUGUGUGUGUGUGUGUGCGUGCGUGCGUGUGUUUAUUUUAUUUUAUUGCAUUAGUAAAAAGCUAUAUAAACCAACAGGAUGUCGGCUAAGCUACAUAUUUUGUUUUGUAUAUUGUUACCGAGCAGAGAGACAAACUGAGCUGCAAAAAAGAAAGGCGAGGAACAUUUUAUAGUGUGCUUGUCACUGAGGUGAUCGUAGGAAACAGACGUUGACAUGUUGUGGUUGAAGUUGAUAGUUCUGUGUUUUGGUCUGUAUUUUAAUUCUUUAACCCUCCUCGUUGCCGGCGUGAAUCGAAACGAGGACUCUAGACACAGUACAUCAGCACCAGCUGGACGAGUCCUUUCGCGAGGUUACUCUCGAAAAACUCAUAACCACCAUCAUCACCAUCCGCAUCACCAUCACCAGCAGAACCAACGUCGUACAACUUCCAGUCGGCAACAUCAGGGCGACUCUGCCGACGACGGGAAGGAAUCGACGAAGUUGCGUUUGCCGCUUAAAGAGAAUUCGGGGAAAUCCGUGGUCGCUCUUGAGGACGGUUACACAAAACGACGUCACGAUGAGUUUUAUGGCGACAGAGCGCAACAGACUGAAACGUCCAUAAACAGAAAGAUCUCCGUUUAUACGCCAGAAGGACACAGUUCCAAGGAUAAUAAACAUAAUAAUAAUCAUAAUAAACAUCAUCAUCAUCAUAAAAACAAAAACCAUAACAAAAAUAUUCAUCAUCACAACAGUAAAGACAGUAAUACUAACACAACCACUACUAAUAAUAGUAAAAAUAAAAAUCAUAAUAAUAUUAAUAAUAACAUAAAACACAAGGACAACGGGACAAGUUUACCGAACAAAUGUCCAAAAUGCAGACAAAGAGACAAUGAAAUGCAACUUCGAUUGGCAUUAAUUAAAGAUAAUAUUUUGAAAUACUUAGGAUUAUCAACAGCGCCAGACAUAAAAGACCCUUCUAUCCCUCAAAUUCUUACUGUACAGCAUGCAAUUAGCGGACAUACCAUGCAAAAGGAUUCGCCUUUCCAUUCGGGUCGGAAACAGGAUUUUGAUAAUGAAUUUGGUGGACAUACCUUACGGCCAUUGCAGCGGAUACUGGUCUCACAUCUAUCUAUUGGAUCAAUACAACGACGGAUUACCAGCAGCAAGAGUUUGGGCGAUCAUUUCGAUACCCUGUUUUCAUUUCAGCUUGGAAUGUAUUUUAUUUGAUCGGGUUUGUCGAACCGCUAGCGUGAGGUGCAUAAAGAAGACACAACAUGGACAAACACACCGGCCUUCCGACUGUUGUAAACUUUAACGCACACUAAAAAAGAAUUCAUAGAAACAGACGACGAAACGUGUUACAAAGGAAUUACACCAAAUUUGGGGAUACACAUUCACACACAUGUAUAUACACACACACGCAUACACACACACACACACAGAAAUAUUUACGUAAAAAAUACGCGAUGUGAAGACGGUGGAGUAAAGGGUUAUGGAUAUUUCAUAUUUAUAGUCAAAAGUACAAAAUUGGGCUCAGAAGGGCCGCAA